AUGUGUUCUACCUUGAACGCGUCUAGCCGCCCAGCUGCAUGGACUCUCGACCAGCCAGAGGCUGGCGUCGCAGUCAACUCAUGCGAUUUCCAGUCACUUGAGUUCAACUCCACCGGGUUUUCUGCCGCUGACUUCUCCUCCUAUGGCUUCCAGGGGCCCAUUGUUGAGAAGAGUGGACUGGCUCUGCCUGACACUGCCAUCUCUCGCGACGCAGGAAUGGCCCGCCCCACCGUCAAGAUCGAAGCGCGCUUCGCCAAUAAAUUGACCGGCUACUCGAUCUGGAAGAUCAGCACUGGACUCCUCGUCAGCUCUGACCUCGUCGUCGCAGGUGGCGAGGCCGUAUAUGAUGCUGAGUAUCAGCUUGGUGCGGCUACACAGGUUAAGUGCUACAUUGGUCAUCGUGGACGUGACGUCCAGCCCCGAUAUGGUCAGCGUGUUGUUUUCUCUGCAGACUGGACUGAAGUUUCUGAGAGGCGCUCGAGAGAUAUCGCUUUCAUUCAGGUUGCUCAGCCUUUCACUUUUAGUGCCCCUGUUCAGGGUAUGUCGGACCAGAAUACUUUAGCGUCUUCAUUUACUGACGAGUGGCCACCUGUAGAAGAACCCGCCCCCAUCAUUGUCACUGCUUGCACCAACUGCAGCGCCCACGAGGCCCCUGUCCUCGCUCAACCCGAGCCUGAGCCUGAGGUCACACAGACUGAUGCUUCUGCUCCCGUUUGCGUCGAACCCGCAGUCGAGGAGCCUGAGCUCGAGAUUCCUGCCCCAGCAGCUGAACCAAUCCUCCAACCAAUCCCCGAACCUGACUACGUUGCUAUUGAGAUCGACGACACGCCAGAUACCUCUGUUUCCGAGGAUGUUGACCCCUUCUACGAGACCCUUAAGACAGUGUCCCAAAUCGACACCAAGUCUCUCGACAUCCAAUCCUCACUUAUCGAUGAUGUCGGUCAAUUCGUCAGUGUCGCCGCUGGGUCUCUCGUCAGCCACGUCGUCGGAGCAGAGACCAUUUCCAGCGGCAAAGCAGCCAAGCUCUCUGGAGUCUCUGAACGCGCUCUCCUCGCCGAAGCAUCCCUCCAAGCUGUAUUCGCCAUCGAGCAAUCCAACCAGCUAGAUAAGAUCAUUGCAGCGAUGAAAGAUAACUGGACCGCCAAUGCUCCCCAGGUCGAACAGAUUUCUGAGCUUCUUGCACCAUACCUGGCUGAGGCUGCUCGGUGCAUCAUCGAGUACCAUCAGGAAGACGAGGCUGCUGGCAGGGUCAGUACCUCCAAGACUCUCAAGCGCCGAAACCUUGGAGUUCGACAGUUCCCUGUCAGCGAGGCAACCAAGGGGUUUGUCAAGGGCAUAUUCGAACCUACUCUUCCGCUAGAAGGUCGCCAGGAUGUCUUCUCCUCUCUUGGUCCUGUAAUUCGCAGUGCUGUUUCUUCUGUCGAGCAAAUCGUCUGCCAAUCUGGAACCACCGCUGUGGAUGUCAUCACGCCCAAGCUUCUCGCCAAGUACAAGGGCCCUGCUCCAUCAGCCGGCGACAUUGAAGCAACUCGUGUUCUCGUCCAACGCGCCAUCAUGGCUGAUGCCGCUUACCAGGCCCUCUCUACCCUUCCCCGCGAAGAACUCCAAGUCCUGAAAGUCAUCCCUCUCGAUGCUGAGCUUCCUCCAGCUGACAGCAUUUUUGACUUCAUCAAGAAUGUCAUUCAGAAGAUUGGCCCUGUUUGUCUUCAUGACGCCAAGCAGGCCGUGCACAAAUUUUUCCCUCUCCUCGUCGACAUUCCAGCCAAGGCUCCCCAGCCUGUUCCCGUAAAGGCUGCAAGCAGCAAGUUUGCGCUUCGAGACUUUCUGAGCAGCAAGAAGGGUUCUGUCAAGGCGCUCUGA